UUUUUAGUCAUGUUACAUUAAAAUCUAUAUUUAAUGCAAUGUAUUGCUAUAUCUUUUAAGUGGUUUUGGGUUUUGGUGUGUUAUAAGACAGAGCACGAGCACCCUCCCUUUCUCUCUCGUUCUUUCUCACACACGCACACACUCACAGAGCAUCUCCACAUCUUCAUGACAUCCACCUUUAUUCAGCUAUUCCCAGUUCAUCGCGUCUUUUGCGCACAAAGGAAAGACUUUUCGAGCUUAGGACGGAUAACGAGGGUGUGUACGAGGGUAACAGGUUGCUUUUUCCCGUCUGUCAGUGGAGUUUGUGCUUUGCCAGUCCACAUGGAGAGAUGCUGAAGGUGUUGCGCGUCUGGAGUGGUGCUGAUGCUGAGGCAGGGCUGCGCGCGUUUUAGUGCGACUUGAGUAAGCCAACAUCAGCAGAAAAGAAGUUGAGAGGAAAAAAAAGAGAAGCGUUUGGGGCCCAGGCCAAAAGUUCAAUAGGAAAACCAAUCGGACUUUUUUUCUUAUCCAUAGGGGUCCCACGCCAGCCUUCAAAAUUUCGCCCAAAAGCAGACAGGAGGACCGGCCGGUCCUGACGCGACUCGUCGGCAGGAAGCGGCUGAUCGCGGCUGGGGUGCUCGGUGUGGUCAUGGUUUUGGUUCUGGUGAUCCUCAUCCCGGUUUUGGUGAGCUCCGCCGGGACCUCCGCCGCGCAUUACGAGAUGCUCGGUACCUGCAGGAUGGUUUGCGAUCCGUACGGUACCAAAUCCCCGACCAGCACGGUCUCAGCAGACACGGUCCGGGACAGCAAUCUUAUGCAGUCGUUACCAACUUUUAUACAAGGUCCGAAAGGUGAACCGGGACGCCCGGGAAAAGUGGGGCCGAGGGGCCCGCCUGGUGAACCAGGACCACCUGGACCUCCCGGACCCCCUGGAGAGAAAGGAGAACCGGGACGACCUGGAUUACCGGGACAACCGGGACCGAACAUGGCCACCGGUGCCAUUAGCGCGGCCACCUACAGCACCGUACCCAAAAUCGCCUUUUACGCGGGGCUCAAAAAGCAACACGAGGGCUACGAGCUGCUGAAGUUUGACGAUGUGGUGACGAACCUCGGGAAUCAUUACGACCCCAGCACGGGAAAAUUCACCUGCUCCAUACCGGGAAUAUAUUUCUUUACUUACCAUGUGCUCAUGCGAGGAGGAGACGGAACCAGCAUGUGGGCUGACCUGUGCAAGAACAACCAGGUCCGUGCCAGUGCCAUCGCCCAGGACGCAGAUCAGAACUACGACUACGCCAGCAACAGUGCCGUCCUUCAUCUUGAACCCGGCGAUGAAGUCUACAUCAAACUAGACGGAGGCAAAGCCCACGGGGGGAACAACAACAAGUACAGCACCUUCUCUGGCUUUAUCAUUUACGCCGAUUAGGACCGGCACCUCGCCUUCUCGAGAUGGUCUCUAUCCCCCCUUCGCUUUUUGUUGUUUCUCUUGCAUAUUUUUUCUUUCGGGCCCGGGGCAAGUAGCCAGACCUGCUCGAACACUCACAUCAUAAGCGCGUAGAUGUGGGUGUGACAGCAGAACUUGUUGCCCUACGAUUCAAGAACGAACCGAAUACGGCCCGUGGUCAAGCAGAGUGGAAAGAUUUACACUUGAGAAACUACAGAGAAGGAGUUACUGUGUGUCUGUCUAUCUCUGUGUCUAUCAAAGAAGCCUGUGAGAUAUAUUUUAUAAAUGUAACCAGAUAUAUGUGCAAUAAAGUAAACUACAAUAUGUCAUCAUCAGACCAUCUCAGUAAUAUUUAGCAAUGGCUGUCUGAUGCUUAAAUGUAUGGACUUGCAUAUCAAGGAGUAUUGGCCCACCUAAUAUAGGCUAAGUCACCAUCAGUCAGAUGUCAAAUGUAACCGUAUUUCCUCUUGUAUAAUAUACAUCUGCAAAAUAUCGUCCCUGACUUUGUGAGUGAAUUAGGAAAGUAAAUGAAACAAUAUACCUUGUUGGCAAAGGCUUGCAUUGAAUAUCUCAGAAUGCUUUCACUUUACAGUAAAAACAUGCAAUUAUU